AUGCACUUCAUCUCUAUAUUCGCCAGCUGCCUCUUGGUUUGUCUGGCUACCGCCUCCGCUGACGACCAGCCCAUCUAUGCCAAUGUCACCCUGACCGACGCGCUCGACUCGAGUGUUGCAUAUCUCAACCUAGACUCCUCGCUCGGCGAUGGGGUUAUCGCGUUCUCCCGCGGCAAAACGCAUCACUGGAAUUUCAAGCCCAUUGGCCGCCUCUUUGCGGGGUGGCACAUUGUCCGAGAUCGCCAGAGUACAAGAUUCAUCCGCUUCCCAAAAUACGAAGACGGGGCUGUCGCGACUGUGACCGAAUCGUCUGUAUCGGCCAUCAAAAUCACGCCAAAUAGCCAAGGAACAUACUCGAUCACUUCUGGGGACCCCAGCGAGAAAGGCCUUUUGUGGACAGUUGAGCCAUUCAGUGACAAAAAUCCAACGCGAGUCGUGAAACUGAGGAAACCCGCCGCCGGUGCACACCAGGCCUUCAAGAUUGCCAAGCUGCCAUAUGGUGGUUAA